CUUCGAAACUAACAGGUUCACAACUACGAAGUCAACCCUGCUAUACUUUUCUUCUCGGCGUCAUUUUGAUGUUUCCGUUUAACAACUUUUAUUCGUCUCCAUCAAGUAUACAAUUAAUUAAUAUUGAGAAUAUAAUAAGUCUAUUGUGACAAUUAAGUGUCUUACUUUCUUUUUUGGUUGGUCGUAAGUUUUCCAAGAUUUGAAGCCUCCAUUUAUUUUUAAAUUUCGUAUUCAAUCAAACUAAGACACUUAAAUUGAACAGUGAAAGUAAUUCUUCUUGCUAUGGAAAAUCAAUGCUAAGUGUUCCUUUCAUUGAUUCCUUUCUGUGUAUGAAUGUGAUCAUUAGAGAAUUAAGCCUUACAAACAUGUACUUUCUUUAUUCAAAUGCCAUUUGUUGAUAUGUGUUUACUGGAUCAAUUCAAACUCAAAACUCCCCCUGUUAAGUAACAGUAUAGUAUAUAAAUUCUUGCAAAGCUUUCAACUAUGUGAUCAUUCUACUCAACAAGCGUCCUUCUUCUUCUCGUUCGCGUGCAAAUAUGGAUCUCCGGGAAUCAAUCAACAACCAGACAGACGUUUCUUUCAUGUUCGCUAAGCAUGUUUUCUCCAAUGAGAUUCAAGGCGAUACCAACCUAGUGCUCUCUCCUCUGUCAAUUCAAAUAGUUCUUGGCCUCAUUGCUGCCUGCUCUAACGGACCAACUCAGGAUCAGCUUCUCCGUUUCCUCAAGUCCAAUUCCAUUGAUGAACUCAACUCUCUUUAUUCACAUAUUGCCAAUGUCGUCUUUGCUGAUGGCAGCCCCAAUGGAGGUCCGCGUCUGUCUGUUGCUAAUGGUAUUUGGAUCGAACAAACGCUGCCUUUCAAGCCUUCUUUCAAGCAAGUUGUGGAUAAUGUUUACAAGGCUGAAUCAGAGUCUGUUGAUUUCAUGAACAAGGCUGCUGAGGUCGUUGAUCAAGUCAAUCAAUGGACUAAAAUGAAGACAAAUGAUCUCAUAAAAAAGAUUCUUCAUCCUGCCGAUGUGGACAGCAUGACAAGGCUUAUCUUGGCCAAUGCACUAUAUUUUAAAGGAGAAUGGAGUGAGAAGUUUGAUGCUUCAGAAACGAAAAACCAUGAAUUCCAUCUCCUCAAUGGAUGGUCUAUUCAAGCACCCUUCAUGACUAGCGAAAAUGAGCAGUAUAUAUCAGCGUUUAAUGGCUUUAAAGUGUUGAGGCUUCCUUACAAACAGGGUACAGAUACGCGUUGCUUCUCAAUGUAUUUCAUUCUCCCAGAUGCACAUGAUGGAUUACCAGCUUUAUUGGACAAAAUCUGUUCAGAACCUGGAUGCUUAAAUGACCACGUUCCGUUUAGAAAAGUUUGUGUGGGCAAGUUUCUUAUCCCUAAAUUCAAAAUAACUUCUGGUUUGAAAGCGUCCAACAUUCUGAAGGGACUUGGCCUAACGCUGCCUUUCUGCGGUGGUGGUCUCACUGAGAUGGUUGAUUCCCCUUUUCCUGAAAAUGAAAAUCUGUCCGUUUCAGAAGUUUUUCACAAGUCCUUCAUUGAGGUAAAUGAGGAAGGAACCGAAGCUGCAGCUGUUACCGUUACUGUACUGAUGCCCCUGUGCUUGUUUGUUGAGAAGAAAACUGACUUUGUUGCGGACCAUCCGUUCUUGUUCCUUGUAAGAGAUGAAUCUACUGGUGUGGUAUUGUUCAUUGGGAUCGUGAUGAAUCCUCUUGCUGGUUAGCUUUACUGAAACAACAUUAAAUGAACUUGGAAAGAACGAAAGCGACGUGAAUCUCUGAAUUCAUGUUAUCACAGAAAACUUUUUAUGAAACUUAGUUUUCCUCGUUAUCAAUAAUGUUGAAGGGCUGUUGAAUUAGAUAAUUCAAAUCAACUUUGGGACAAGGAAGAAAAGGAGAAAAUAUAAUAAGUGUCCUUAGUCCUUACUAUGUAUGUUGUUUUCUUAAUACCAUCAAAUUAAAAAAUUAUAUUGUUUUGAUUUUUGACA